AUGAAUGCAAAAAUUAAAAAGGGAGAAAUAAAAGGAAAAGUAAAUAGCAAAGGUGUUGUAGCAAGUGUCUGGAAGGAUAAAAGAGAAGUAAGGAUGAUUUCUACUAAACAUGGUAUUAAUAUAUUGGAAACAGGGAAAAAAAAUAGGAAAGGUGAACCCAUAAAAAAACCAGAAAGUAUAAUAUUUUAUAACAAACAUAAACAAGGCAUCGACGUCUCCGAUCAAAUGACCACCUACUUUUCUCCUUUGAGAAAAACUAUUCGGUGGUACCACAAAGUAGCAUUUCAUUUGUUAUUAGGAACAUCAGUAAUCAAUGCAAUGAUACUACACAAACAAAUUACAGGUAAAAAAAUACAAAUUUCUGAAUUUAGAGAGAAAAUUAUUAUGGCUUUAGGAAAAGUUGAUCAAAUUAUUUCUCCGAGGUCUAAUAAACAUAAGUUGGUUGAAAAUAAUCAGUAUAGGAAUAAUAGUAAUAGGAAAAACAGGAGUAGAUGUGUUGGUUGCUAUGAACGAUUAAGAAAAGAGUUAGGAAGAAAUGAGGCACAAAAAAAAUGUAAACAAGUGAAUACCAUGUGUGAGACAUGUGAAACUAACCCUUAUUAUUGUAUCGACUGUUUUCAAAUUUAUCAUAAAUAA